AUGAGCGAAGCCAUCGUCUCUUUACAAGAGCGGAUUGAGAGCGCCGAAAGCAGGACCGGCUUCCAGGGAAAGAUGGGACCAUUCACUCCCUGGAUACAAGCCGAAAAGUGCACACCGAAGGUCAAGCCCUUCAAGAUUGAGAAAUACAAUGGCAUCAGAGACCCAUACCACCACUUGGAAGUCUUUCAGUCCCUCCUACAUGGAACCCGAUACACGGACGCGAUGGCAUGCCACAUGUUCGAGGAAACCCUAACAGACGAGGCCUUGCGAUGGUUUCUUAACCUUCCCCCCAAUUCCAUCGAUAGCUUCCAGGAGCUCGGGGACAAAUUUCUCUGCAGGUUCAUUUUGUGCGGCAGUGGCUAUUGCACGACGCCUGACCUAUUUAGGCUCAAGCAAUGGCUAAAUGAGCGAUUGCGAGACUUCGUCCGCCGAUGGAAAAAGCAAGCUACACAGUGCUGUUCCCUCGAUCCAGCCCUAGCGGCAUCGACAUUCAAGCAGGCACUUCAACCGGGAUACUUCUUGUUGCAAAUCAACACCAAUCCCCCUGCGACAUAUGGCGACCUCCUCGAUGCCGCUACCGCUUUCGCGCAGGCCGAGUACGACACCUUUGGUCGUGACACCAACACCAAUACACACCCAGUUAAUGCACCCCAACUCACCAACCCCAUUGGGACCACUGAUAGCAGGAACAAGGACACCACCAGGGACAAACCUGUCCAAUAUGACAGAACCCCACGAGAGCGACAAGGUUACAACGAUAAGAGGGACAAACAAUACAGGAAGAGCCUCGAGAAGCCAAAGUAUAACUCCUCAAGCAGUCGGUAUCGCAAUGCGCCAUACGGCGGUACCCGACACAAGGAAAACCAGAGAUUCGAGGCACCCCGAUACGAGAUUUACACCACACUCAUCGCUUCAUAUGAAGAAAUUUGGAAUAACCACAAAGACAUCAUCCCACGCCCACCGCGGAGCAAACCUGGUCAGGCCAAACCACGAGACAACGGCAAAUAUUGUACAUACCAUGAGGAAGCCGACCACACCACUAAUAUUUGCUGGGAACUGAAAAAUGCUAUUGAGCACCUCAUUCAAAGCGGCCAGCUCUCGCAGUAUCGUACUCCCACAACAGGAGCCAACGCCAUUGAAGUCUACGGACAAAUUCUAACGAUACACGGGGGCACCCCAAGAGCACCCGAGACUUUCCACGCACAGAAGUGA